AUGGCAAUUAAUGCUAAAAAAACUAAGGACAUGUGGAUCUCUUUCACGGACGCUAUACCUGAACCACCACGUCUUCGUAUUGGAAAUGAUUUAAUAGAAAGGGUCAACGCUUUUAAAUUACUUGGCGUGUCGUUCCAAAAUAAUCUAAAAUGGAACGCACAUGUUGAAGAGAUUACACGUAAAGCAAAUAAACGCCUUUACCAUCUUAGAGAAUGCAGGAAAUCACAGUUACCAGCUGAAGUCGGUAUUAUUACCUAUCAAUCCAAAAUAAGACCAAUUCUCGAGUAUGCAUCACCUGUAUUUUGGGCGGGACUGCCUAAUUACCUGCGAGAUGAAAUAGAGCGGGUUCAAUCCAGGAGCUUAAGAAUCCUUGGCCUGGAAAAAGAUUACCUACCACCGCUGAACGAAAGAAGGGAAGAGGCAACUAGUCGAGAAGUUGAUAG